CCCUCAUUCCCAAAAAGGCCUCAUCAAUGCGAGUCAUCGUCCCGCUGCAAAGCUUUGUGCUCGGCCAUGGCGUCCAUCACCAAAUCAAGGGCCAGCUUUCUCCUUCCCCCUCCUCCUCCUCCUCAAUCAGAUCUUCCAUCGUCCGCACCGCACUCGUCUCGAGCUCCUCUCCGGCCGUCGUCUCAUCUCGGGCGACAUCCAUGUACAGCCAUGAACAUGAAUCCCCUGGUCAUAUCGGCUUCUCCAAGUGCUUGGAUGAUCCCUACGAUCGGACGACGAACCCGAACGGCGUUGUCCAGCUUGGAAUCGCUGAGAACCUCCUCGCAAUGGAUUUAGUCAAGGAAUGGAUUUCGGAGAAUGUCAAGGCUUCACUGAUUGAUUCCGAGGUUUCUCGCUUGGUUCCUUACCAUCCUUACGAUGGUAUUUUGGAGCUCAAAACGGCUUUAGCUGCAUUUAUGGGUCAAGUUAUGCUAGAAUCGAUUUCUCUUGAUCCAUCACAGAUGAUUAUAACAGCUGGUGCAACAUCAGCAAUCGAGACGCUUAGCUUCUGUCUGGCUGAUCCCGGUGAUGCAGUCCUUAUUCCCUCGCCCAGUACACGAGGAUACGAUAGGAAUCUAAAGUGGCGAGCAGGAGUAGAAACAAUCCCUGUUCCAUGCCGAAGCAUUGAUAACUUCAGGUUAAGUAUCUCCUCCCUCGAACUAGCAUACAAUCAGGCAAAGAAACAAGGUGUAAAAGUUCGAGCAGUUUUUCUCUUGAACCCUUCAAAUCCCAUAGGAAAUCUGAUUGACCGGGAGACUAUGCAUGAGCUACUAGACUUUGUCACUGAGAAGAAUAUUCAUUUGGUAUCAGACGAAGUUUUUGCCGGAUCAAAUCAUGGAACCGAUGAGUUUGUGAGCAUUGCAGAUGUUGCGCAUACAGAAGGAUUUGACAAAACCAGAGUGCAUAUAAUAUUUGGUUUGUCGAAAGUUCUUUCACUUCCGGGUUUUCGAAUUGGAGUCAUCUGUUCUUUCAAUAAGAAUGUCUUGGAGACUGGUAAGAAGUUUGCGAGAUUUUUUUCUGUUUCGGUGCCAACUCAAAGAUUGCUUGUCUCAAUGCUUUCGGAUGUGAAUUUUGUUCAGAAAUAUAUCGAAAUCAAGAAGAAGAGGAUUCGGAGAAUGUAUGAAUUGUUUGUCGAGGGAUUGGAACAGUUCGGUAUCAAUUGUUUUCCUAGCAGUGCAGGCUACUAUUGUUGGGUCGAUAUGAGCAAUCUAAUGCGAUCAAACAGCGAGAAGGGGGAGCUCGAGCUGUGGGAUAAACUGUUGAAUAUAUCCAAGAUCAAUGUAACACCGGGAUCAGAAUGUCAUUGUGUUGACCCUGGAUGGUUUCGCAUUUGUUUUACAACAAUUACAGAGGAUGAUAUUCCUAUAGUCAUGGAAAGGAUCAAAAGAAUUACUGAUAAACAAUAAACAUUAGAAGUCGGAUUCAAUAUUUCUAAGUUCCUCUCGUACUUGAUAUUUGUAAUUUUGAUGAUGUUUGGUUAGAUGUAAUUGUAAGUACAAUGGCUAUCAAAUUACAAUGUAGUUGCAAAUUCUUGUAUUUAAAAGUUGAUGUAAGUGAAAUAUUGAAUUUUAAAA